UCCUCUCUCUCUCCGUCUCUCUCAUUCUCAUUCUCAUUCACAUUCACAUUCAAAUAAAACCACCGCCAUCGCCAUCAUCUUGAGGAGCUCCAACAUCUUCUCUGCAUUCGUUGGUUGCAUUCCUUCUCAUUGCCACCUGCGAAGCAAACACCGUCAUUCAUUCCUCUCUCUCUCUCUCUCUCUCCUCUGCAUUAUACAUUAUUGAGCUAUUGUUUCAUCGCAACUUCAAUUUUCUCACGUAUACUUUGUUAUUAAUGGGGGGGAAGAACAAUGGCAGGGUUUCGAGAAUUGGCAGUUACGCAAUAGCUUCCUCGAUCACGGAUGCAACUUGUUUCUCCUGCACCACUUUCAACAUCCUUGCUCCUAUUUACAAAAGACUUGAUCACGAGGAUCCUAAAUGUCGAGAAAGCGACGUUAAGGAAAUUUGGCUUAAGAGGAACAAACGGAUUUUGGAUUGGUUGCUGUGUGAAAGAUCUUCCAUUAUAUGCCUUCAGGAAUUUUGGGUUGGGAAUGAGGAGCUUGUAAGCAUAUAUGAUAAGAGGCUUGGAGAUGCUGGUUAUGACAGUUUCAAGCUUCCCAGGACGAAUAAUCGAGGCGAUGGUCUUUUGAUUGCUGUGCGUAAGGACUACUUUAGGGUCAUCAACCACAGAGAGUUGCUGUUUAAUGAUGUUGGUGACCGUGUGGCUCAGCUACUUCAUGUCGAGCUAAUUCCUCGCUUUUCUCAAUUGCAAAGCAACUGCAUACGCCAGGAAAUUAUCAUAUUGAACACUCAUUUGUUGUUUCCACAUGAUUCGAGUCUGUGCUUGGAGCGGCUAAGGCAGAUCUACAAAAUAUUGCAAUAUGUGGAGUCAUACCAGAAAGACAAAAACCUCAACCCUUUACCGAUUCUACUUUGCGGUGACUUGAAUGGGAGCAAGAGUGGACAUAUUUACAAGUUUCUAAGGUCUCAAGGAUUCAUUUCAUCAUAUGAUGCUGCCCAUCUGUAUACUGAUGCAGAUGCACACAAGGUAUUACCGUUUAGUUAUAUGCAAACAAAUCAUGUUCCUGAUGCCAUUCUCAUUUUCUUGCAGUGGGUGAGCCACCGUAAUCACCGUGGAAACAUAUGUGGUGUGGAUUUCAUAUGGCUCCUUAAUCCUAAUAGAUAUAAGAAACUACUUAGAACAAGCUGGGGUGAAGCAUUGUCAGGAUUGCUCAAGUAUCACCUGAAGCGCGCUUUAUUCACAGAGGACAGUGCGUUUGCGUUCCUAAAGGGGAGUGGUCAUGGACACGGCGUCUCAUACUAUGACUUCUGUGAAGCAUUGCAGCAGCUGAAUUUGAUCGGUCACUGCUACGGGCUCCACGAGGAAGAGAUUCACGAGCUUUGGGUGCAAGCAGAUAUGGAUGGAAAUGGUGUUGUUGACUACGAUGAAUUCAAGCAGCGGAUAUGGAAUGCAUAUUCGGGGCAAGGGGAGAAAGUGAACGAGGGUGGUGAAUCCAUAUUUGGCACGGAGCAAACAAUAGGAUUCAGCAUCAAGAACGCGGUCUUCUUCCCCACAGAGGUGGAGAAAGGGCUGUGGCCCGAGGAUUACUCUCUCUCUGAUCACGCCCGACUAACAGUGGUGUUUUCGCCAGUGAGAAUGCCACGCUCACAAUUGGCCACUUGACUUGAGGGACGAUGGAUGCAUAUGCACCGGCACCCCUAUUUGAGGCCACCGGCACCUACGAUGAUAGAUGGUAAAAUUGUGAUUUUACGGUGUAUGAAGGAAGUGUGGUGGCGUUGGGAGGUUUUUGAGGGUUGAUGACAUCUCUCUACUUUGUUGGGAGGUUUUUGAGGGUUGAUGAUAUCUCUCUACUUUGUUGAGUGGUGAUUGAUGAUAAAAAAAAAAAAAGAAAAGCAUGUACUAUAAUUUUUGAGGGUGUGUGGUUUGAGUGGUGAGAGUUUAGAGAGAUUUUCAAGUGUAGUUAGUUGAAUAGAUGAGUAGACAUAUUCUUUAUAGUUAUGUUUAGACCAUCAAAAUUCAAAGGGAAUUCGUCUUAGUAGUGUUUUAGUUUAUGUGUAUCUGGUGUAAAUACUAGACAAGUUGGACGAGUCUAAUUUGUACAUUGUUGUGGCUAUAAACUUGU